AUGGAGACGAUAUUGGGAGAAGACUAUGUUAAUAGAGAGGCCCCGGAGAAUUAUGAGACGGUGCACUCACAUGACAGAGAAGAAGAAGAAGGAGAAGAGCACGAUGAUAUUCUGAAUUUGAAUGGCGACACAUUUCUCGAUCAAUAUACAUAUAUGUUUCCGCAAGAUGGGAAUGAUCAUAGUUCUUCUCUGGCGCGGCUAGGCCAGCACGACGAUAAUGAGUUUAUUAAUAGUUUUAUUGAUGUUGACACUCAAAAUCACCACGAAGAUCCAUUUCACACCAUUCCAGCAAUAAUAACAAAGGCAGCAGUAGCUUCUGAACAAACAAGUGCUAAUGAUUCAGUGGAUGAACAUGAAAAAUUCCAGUCUUUUUUAGAAAAUACCAUAUUGUUUGGAAGAAAACAACCUCUUACGAAUAACAUGAACUCUGAAGAACAGUCAAGAAAUUUAUAUAACUUACUGAACAUUGAUGAGACAAAGUUACCACAGAAACUUUCCAUUGAAGGGUUGCCGGACGCAACUAGAGUAGAAAAUCAAUUAAAGCUGACUUUCAAAUUGAGCCCAUCAAGUGAUAAAUUUAUGAUACAUUUACCAAAUAACGCAAUAUCUAGAGAGAAAUUUUAUUUGAAUAAAGAUAUUAAUCAAUAUCCAGAGACCUUGAGAAAACAGUUACUAUUUUUGGAUGCCUUUCUUUUAGAUUACGCAAGUAAUUCUUUGAUCCAAGCUUGUGCAAAAUGUGUAAAUAGAGAAUGCAGAAGAGCUGCUAGAAGAAAAUCAGGAUUGAGUGAUAAUUUACUAUGGUGCAAUAACGAUAAUAGGAAUGCUGUUUUAUUUAAUAGCAAACAAAUUUUGUUCGCAAAAAAUCACACUUCUGAAAGACAGUUUGAAACUGUUGCAAGAAUCGUUUGUUAUUGCAGACAUCAUAAAUCGAAUGAUGGGUUUAAAAUAUUGUUUGCAUUAAAGGAUAACGAAAAUAAUUUAGUGGCAAAGGGCCUUUCGAAGCGUAUUUGGCUUACUGAUAAAAAGGCUGUGACAAGUAGCGAUAUAAGUAAUACAGUUGACGAACAAGUUCCAACUUUGUCAAACACUCUAAGGACUGAUUCACAAGCAUAUACAUCAAAUUCAAAUUCUGAAACUUCUAAUCAGUACUAUGACGCAGAGCCAACUUUUGCACUACCUACAAAUACUCGCAUAAUGAAUGGCAGCCGUGUGAAUAGUCUCAAUGUUCCAUUCAGAAAUAUUCCCUCCCCAACGUCUUUAAGUGAAGGAGGUAACGAAUCAAUUUCGAGCGAAUAUUUAAAUAACUACAACGAUUAUGCUUCUUCUUCUGUCACGACUCAUUCCUUUAUGAAUUCCAACCGUAGUUCAAGAAAAAGAUCUAAAAAUGAGCGUCAGGUGAUACCAAGUACUUUUAAUCCAGUAAAUAACCUGCAUCAAAUUCAUUUUACCAAUAUUGAUCUUCCAUCACAAAAUGUUCCUGAAAACAGCGAACCAGCAAUUCAAAGAGUGAUCCCUUCCAAGGGCCCAGUAAAUGGUGGUACAGAAGUUACCCUUUUAGGUUCUCAUUUCAAAGAGGGUUUAGAGAUUAGAUUUGGAGACAAUCUAGCUUUGUCAACCCAAUGUUGGAGUACUACUACAAUUGUAACUUAUUUGCCACCUGCAAACACUGCAGGACAAGUCUAUGUUACUGUGAAAGACCCUUCAUCCCAAUCUUCGCGACAAGCAAUGGCUAAUUUUGGCUCUUUUGGGCAAAAUGCAUCCAAUAAUGAUCCAAGCAAGAAAGCAAUUUUUACUUAUGUUGAUGAGACCGAUAGACAACUCAUUGAAUUGGCAUUACAAAUAGUUGGUUUGAAAAUGAACGGUAAGUUAGAAGAUGCAAGAAAUGUUGCAAAGAGAAUAGUUGGAGAUGAUAAUAACAAUAGUACUUCUUCCCCUGGCUCAAAGAUAUCUCCAAUAAAUGAUGUUUAUAAUAUGGGAACUUCCUGUGCGCUAUCCGAUGAAAAUUUAAUAAUAAAAGUUAUCAAUUCGUUAAAUAAAACCACUUCAAAUUUUUCAAUGUGCGACAGUGUUGGAAGAACUUUGCUACAUUUGGCCUCGCUAAAGGGCUAUUAUGAUUUGACAUCCACAUUAAUACAGAGUGGUGCUAGAAUCGAUGAUAAAGACUCGUUUGGGUUCACUCCGUUACACUUUGCUUGUAUUAACGGAAGUUAUCAAGUCAUUCGACUUCUAUUGAAUUGUCAAUCAAACCCUAAUGUAAAAUCCUCAAAUCAUUUGUCACCAAAGGAUCUGUUCAUUAAAAAUCAUCAGCCUUCUGAAAACGACUUUUUCAAAAUUAUUGACGUACUGGAUAAUUUUACUGAAUUUUCAAACAUGCAUUUUAACCGUAAAGCAUCCCAGACAAGCUUUGACUCCAGUAUCUUUCAGGAAAGUGCUAAGGGAGUGGAACCAGCUUCAGUAAAUUUCGAAAAUUUGAGACAUGACACCGAUUUGGUGGAUGAUGAUUGUGAUUUUGAAGAUAAUAAUGAACUAAGCCAUUCAGAUGGAAGCUAUUCAGAGGGAAGCUGCAGCGAAAGUGAAGAAGAGACAACAGGAGCAAGUGAAGUAGAUAGUUCACUACAGAUAAGCAAUAGUAAUUCAAAUGCCACACCAGAAAAUGAGAAUGGCAAUAGCACCAAUGAAGGAUCACUUUGGGUGAGAGUUCUAAAUAGAAUCAACGAUGAUUUACCUAAAUAUGAGGAUCUUUUCCCGGGACUAGGAUUGAAUAGUGAUAAAAAUAAUCAAAAGAAUAGCGAUGUCACUAGUAUUCAUACCACAAUUUCUACAUCAAAUGAGGAAUCACAUGUGUCUUCUGAGGACGAAGAAGAAGCACUGCAAAGAAAAUUCAACAUUUUCUUCAUAAACAACAAACGCACUUUUCAAAAUGACAAAAUGUUACAAUUCUUCUGGUUGCCUUUGGCAUUAUUAUUGUUGACCUGGGCUGUUCUAUUUAUCUUUAGUGCCAAUGAAGAUAGCCAAAUUGUACAAUUAAGCAAUUUGAUUACAAGCUAUCUGAGAGUUGGUUUGGGUAAAAUUAUAUUAGGCAAUCAAAGAAUGAAAAGAUCAUUGAAGGACAAGUUUAGCAAUUUUCAAAAUACUGGUAAACUAAAUGAUCUAAUUGUAGGUUAG